CAUUGUCAUAAUGGGAAAAGAGGACCUUAGGUUACAGAGGACCCGGUGCACAGUGUGGGGCUUAAAUUUGCAGGACCCGCUACUCCGCUACGGAGUAGCGGGAAUAACUCCGUUAGCUCACACCCAGUCAGCUCCGUAAGUACGACUCUGUGUGGAAAAACACGGUUGUGAAGCGUACUGAAGACAGUAGGGGAAGAGUGUUCUGAUAUGGUGGUAACGCAAAGAGUGAAGACACGAUGUCAUAUCCAUAAAUCCAAAACCAAACGUCGCCAAACGUCGAAAAACAGUUAUGAGAAGAGUAGCGGGCCCUUGCCGCGUCCACCAUUUAUACAUGUUUGCACCGAAGACCCAGUAUAGUAGUGUUCAGCUCCGGAUCCCGCGCCACGGCGAAGCCGUGGGGAUUUGUUAAGCUGCAAGUGCUGGUUUAGUGGGCAUUUGAUGCAAUGGCUAUAUUCGUCGAUGCACUUCCAUAUGACGUUUGCCUGGAAAUCUUGAAAUGGUCCUCUGUUGGCGACUUGACUCGUCUUAGCCAAGUAUCGAAGCGCUACCAUGAGCUCGUAGAGAAUGAUGGAUGGCGCCGAUAUGUGAGGCAAAAUGCAAGAUAUCUACCUUCCCUUUCUAAAUUAAUUCCGUACUGGUCGCCCCGAGAAUGCGCUAGAUAUGUUUACUUAUCUGACCUUGCAUGGUCUACACGAACCCUCCAAGCUACUCUGUUAUCGGGUGCCCACGAUAAUCCUCGUUCGUGGCAAGUGCCUUCGCGUGCUUUGUCAUUGAGCGAAUCUGUGCUCGUCACCUCUAGUGGGCCUGACCUCGAGAUUUUCGAUUUCGAACCUGGUGCCAAACAUGAGGGACAUUCGGCCUCAUGGAUUUUCCAUAGUCUUCGGCUAGGAAUAGGACCAAACCGCGCAGAAAGUCACAUCUGCGGGAUCACAGUUGUGCCGGGUUCUAUUUGGGCGAGCCCCAAUCAGGACGUAGAAAUCUGUAUCGCUCGUGAAACGACACUGACUCGAGUUCGCAUCCUUAGACCUAGCCGUGGCGGCAGGAUAGCAGGGGAUGGCGCUGCUACUGCCUCCGACGUGCAAGUGACUGCAACAUACCAGCGCCCCCGCAAUCCGAGCUCGAUCCAACUAUUAACGUCGUCCCGACACCUUAUAAUGACAAUUUCGAAUGACUGCACAUUGUCUUUAUAUGAUUCUUCCUCACCCUGGGUCCCUCCGCGAAAUUUCAAGCCCCCUCGUUCGGGGGAUAAAAAGAAUGUAUGGUGUGCACAACUCUCCCUUACAGCGUCUACUCCGUUCGUUGCUUUUGGUGGCAGCAUCCCAUUGUCCCUUUAUACGCUUGAGAACUUUGAGAGCCAGCGAAAUGCUUUUGCUGUGCUCAGUGAUGAAUCCAAUUAUCCUCCGUCUGCGUACUCUUUAUGUCGCCCCUCGGGCGACUCCACAGCCGAAGUUAGUCCUCCAUGGGGUUCAACCGAUCAGGUUAUCGCGAGCGGUUGGCACGAUGGGAUUGUCAGGUUUCACGACCUCCGAAGUGAUCAUCGUGAUAAGGAAGGAUCUUUGCUUCCUGUGCUGAGACUCGAUGAUAAGACGAGUCCAGGAGGCGCUUUGUAUUGUUUAGCUAUAGGAGGAGGCGGAGGAACGCAUGUUGUGGGAGGAAGGGCCAAUCACGGGAUUGUGUCAAUCUGGGACUUGCGGAAUGUCAACGGGACGAUCUAUGAUUUUGACCAGCUGGGCUCCAACGACAAUGCUCACAUCGCCGGAGGCGGUUGGAGCGUAUUUCCCCCACAGUCAAAUUGGUCGCCGACUUACAACUUGGCGCUAGAAGGGUCGAGAAUCUGGGGUGUGGGGAACCAAGGCGUGUUCCUGAUGGACUUUUCGCCUAGGGGGCAACUUGAAGACACCAAUUACAUCAUCCCGACCGUCAUUAAUCACAAUGCAGAACGCAGCAUCGUUGUAAAUCCUUAG